CAGCCGGGGCCGCGCGCGUGCUGGCUCCGGGGAGGCGGGCGCCUCGCAGGUGCCGGCCCUGCAGGCUCUGCCGCGUCUGCCCGGCCGGCCCCUCACGCUGCCCCUCUGCUCUCUCCUAGCCGCCUCCUCCCGCUGCGGGGCACAGAAGAGCCUGAGGUUUCCGGGCGAGGCCCAUGGAGGUCGCCGUCCCCAAGGGUCCCUGACCCGAUGCUCGCCCCUCUCAGUCACCAUGGCGCCCUGCGGGACGCGGCGCCCCGGCGGAUGAGCAGCGGCCUCGAAGGGCGCCCCCUGCGGCGGCGGGGCGGCGUGGUGGACCACCGCGAUGUCAUCUUGGCCCACCAGGCGCACAAGACGCACAGCACGGCGCAGGCGCGGAGGAAGGAGUGGGAGCGGAGCCGGGGGUCCCCGGCCCGGCGCGCAGCCCGGGGCGCAGAGGGUGUACAAGCAGUCGAUGGCGCAGAGGGCGCGCACCAUGGCCCUCUACAACCCCAUCCCCGUCCGCCAGAACUGCCUCACGGUCAACCGCUCCCUGUUCCUCUUCAGCGAGGACAACGUGGUGAGGAAAUACGCCAAAAAGAUCACCGAAUGGCCUCCCUUUGAAUACAUGAUUUUAGCCACCAUUAUAGCGAACUGUAUCGUCCUCGCCCUGGAGCAGCACCUGCCGGACGACGACAAGACCCCAAUGUCGGAGCGACUGGAUGACACAGAGCCGUACUUCAUUGGAAUUUUUUGCUUCGAAGCUGGGAUUAAGAUCAUUGCUCUUGGGUUUGCCUUCCACAAAGGCUCUUACCUGAGGAACGGUUGGAACGUGAUGGAUUUUGUGGUGGUGCUAACAGGCAUCUUGGCGACGGUCGGGACGGAGUUUGACCUGCGGACGCUGCGAGCGGUUCGGGUGCUGCGGCCGCUCAAGCUGGUGUCGGGAAUCCCAAGUUUACAAGUCGUCCUGAAGUCGAUCAUGAAGGCGAUGAUCCCUCUGCUGCAGAUCGGCCUCCUCCUAUUUUUUGCAAUCCUUAUUUUUGCAAUCAUAGGGUUAGAAUUUUAUAUGGGAAAAUUUCAUACCACCUGCUUUGAAGAGGGGACAGAUGACAUCCAGGGUGAGUCCCCGGCUCCGUGCGGGACAGAGGAACCCGCCCGCACCUGUCCCAAUGGGACCAAAUGCCAGCCGUACUGGGAAGGGCCCAACAACGGGAUCACUCAGUUCGACAACAUCCUGUUCGCCGUGCUGACCGUCUUUCAGUGCAUCACCAUGGAAGGCUGGACCGAUCUCCUCUACAAUAGCAACGAUGCCUCAGGGAACACUUGGAACUGGUUGUACUUCAUCCCCCUCAUCAUCAUCGGCUCCUUUUUUAUGCUGAACCUCGUGCUGGGUGUGCUAUCAGGAGAGUUUGCCAAAGAAAGAGAACGGGUAGAAAACCGACGGGCUUUUCUGAAGCUGAGGCGGCAACAACAGAUAGAACGCGAGCUCAAUGGGUACAUGGAGUGGAUCUCAAAAGCAGAAGAGGUGAUCCUCGCAGAAGACGAGACCGACGUGGAGCAGAGGCAUCCCUUUGAUGCUCUGCGGAGAGCCACUAUAAAGAAAAGUAAGACAGACCUGCUGAACCCAGAAGAGGCUGAGGAUCAGCUGGCCGACAUCGCCUCUGUGGGGUCUCCCUUUGCCCGAGCCAGCAUUAAAAGUGCCAAGCUGGAGAACUCAACUUUUUUUCACAAAAAGGAGAGGAGGAUGCGUUUCUACAUCCGCCGCAUGGUCAAAACUCAGGCCUUCUACUGGACUGUGCUCAGUCUGGUAGCCCUCAACACGCUGUGCGUUGCUAUUGUCCACUACAACCAGCCCGACUGGCUCUCUGACUUCCUCUACUAUGCAGAAUUCAUUUUCUUAGGACUCUUUAUGUCCGAAAUGUUUAUAAAAAUGUACGGGCUUGGGACGCGGCCUUACUUCCACUCUUCCUUCAACUGCUUUGACUGUGGGGUUAUCAUCGGGAGCAUCUUCGAAGUCAUCUGGGCUGUCAUCAAACCUGGCACUUCCUUUGGGAUCAGUGUGUUACGAGCUCUCAGGUUACUGCGUAUUUUCAAAGUCACAAAGUACUGGGCGUCUCUCAGAAACCUGGUCGUCUCUCUCCUCAACUCCAUGAAAUCCAUCAUCAGCCUGCUGUUCCUUCUCUUCCUCUUCAUCGUCGUCUUUGCCCUUCUGGGAAUGCAGCUCUUCGGCGGCCAGUUUAAUUUCGAUGAAGGGACUCCUCCUACCAACUUUGAUACCUUCCCUGCAGCAAUAAUGACAGUGUUUCAGAUCCUGACGGGCGAGGACUGGAACGAGGUCAUGUACGACGGGAUCAAGUCCCAGGGCGGUGUGCAGGGCGGCAUGGUGUUCUCCAUCUACUUCAUCGUGCUCACACUCUUCGGGAACUACACCCUGCUGAACGUGUUCCUCGCCAUCGCUGUGGACAACCUGGCCAACGCCCAGGAGCUCACCAAGGAUGAACAAGAAGAGGAGGAGGCAGCCAACCAGAAACUUGCUCUACAGAAAGCCAAGGAGGUGGCGGAAGUGAGUCCCCUGUCCGCGGCCAACAUGUCCAUAGCUGUGAAGGAGCAGCAGAAGAACCAAAAGCCGGCCAAGUCUGUGUGGGAGCAGCGCACGAGCGAGAUGCGCAAGCAGAACCUGCUGGCCAGCCGCGAGGCGCUGUACGGCUGCGAGCUGGACGCCGACGAGCGCUGGAAGGCCGCGUACGCGCGCCACCUGCGGCCCGACGUGAAGACGCACCUGGACCGGCCGCUGGUGGUGGACCCGCAGGAGAACCGCAACAACAACACCAACAAGAGCCGCGCGCCCCCACUGCUUCCUCUCUUCCCUUCUCCCUGCCCUGGUGCCCUCCACAGUGGCAACAGCAAAGGAAAGGACAUCAACACAAUUAAAUCUCUCCGAGUCCUCCGGGUGCUACGACCACUCAAAACCAUCAAGCGGUUGCCGAAGCUCAAGGCUGUGUUUGACUGUGUGGUGAAUUCACUCAAGAACGUCUUCAACAUCCUCAUCGUCUACAUGCUCUUCAUGUUCAUCUUCGCGGUGGUGGCCGUGCAGCUCUUCAAGGGGAAGUUUUUCCACUGUACCGACGAGUCCAAGGAGUUUGAGAAGGAUUGCCGCGGCAAGUACCUCCUGUAUGAGAAAAACGAGGUGAAGGCCCGGGACCGGGAGUGGAAGAAGUAUGAGUUCCAUUACGACAACGUGCUCUGGGCCCUGCUAACGCUCUUCACGGUGUCCACAGGAGAAGGAUGGCCGCAGGUCCUCAAGCACUCCGUGGACGCCACCUUUGAGAACCAGGGCCCCAGCCCUGGCUACCGCAUGGAAAUGUCCAUCUUCUAUGUCGUCUACUUUGUGGUUUUUCCCUUUUUCUUCGUCAACAUCUUUGUGGCCUUGAUCAUCAUCACCUUCCAGGAGCAAGGGGACAAGAUGAUGGAGGAGUACAGCCUGGAGAAAAAUGAGAGAGCCUGCAUCGACUUCGCCAUCAGUGCCAAACCGCUGACCCGGCACAUGCCGCAGAACAAGCAGAGCUUCCAGUACCGCAUGUGGCAGUUCGUGGUGUCCCCCCCGUUCGAGUACACCAUCAUGGCCAUGAUUGCCCUCAACACCAUUGUGCUGAUGAUGAAGUUCUAUGGAGCCUCAGUUGCUUAUGAAAAUGCCCUGAGAGUGUUCAACAUUGUCUUCACCUCCCUUUUCUCUCUGGAAUGUGUGCUCAAAGUCAUGGCCUUUGGGAUUCUGAAUUAUUUCCGCGAUGCCUGGAACAUCUUCGACUUUGUGACUGUCCUGGGCAGCAUCACAGACAUCCUCGUGACGGAGUUUGGGAAUCCGAAUAACUUCAUCAACCUGAGCUUCCUCCGCCUCUUCCGGGCUGCCCGGCUCAUCAAGCUCCUCCGUCAGGGGUACACCAUCCGCAUUCUCCUCUGGACCUUCGUGCAGUCCUUCAAGGCCCUGCCCUAUGUCUGUCUGCUCAUUGCCAUGCUUUUCUUCAUCUACGCCAUCAUCGGCAUGCAGGUAUUUGGCAACAUUGGCAUAGAUGUGGAGGACGAAGACAGUGACGAGGAUGAGUUCCAAAUCACUGAGCACAACAACUUCCGGACCUUCUUUCAGGCCCUCAUGCUUCUCUUCCGGAGCGCCACCGGGGAAGCCUGGCACAACAUCAUGCUGUCCUGCCUGAGCGGGAAGCCGUGCGAUAAGAACUCCGGGAUCCUGACUGCAGACUGCGGCAAUGAAUUCGCAUACUUUUACUUCGUCUCCUUCAUCUUCCUCUGCUCAUUUCUGAUGCUGAACCUCUUCGUAGCGGUCAUCAUGGACAACUUUGAGUACCUUACCCGAGACUCCUCCAUCCUGGGACCCCACCACCUGGACGAGUAUGUGCGUGUCUGGGCCGAGUACGACCCUGCAGCUUGGGGCCGCAUGCCAUACCCGGACAUGUAUCAGAUGCUGAGACACAUGUCCCCUCCCCUGGGGCUGGGGAAGAAGUGUCCGGCCAGAGUGGCGUACAAGAGGCUCCUGCGGAUGGACCUGCCCGUGGCGGAUGACAACACUGUCCAUUUCAAUUCCACCCUCAUGGCACUGAUCCGCACAGCCCUGGACAUCAAGAUCGCCAAGGGCGGUGCCGACAAACAGCAAAUGGACGCCGAGCUGCGGAAGGAGAUGAUGGCCAUUUGGCCCAACCUGUCGCAGAAGACGCUGGACCUGCUGGUCACCCCGCACAAGUCCACGGACCUGACGGUGGGGAAGAUCUACGCGGCCAUGAUGAUCAUGGAGUACUACCGGCAGAGCAAGGCCAAGAAGCUGCAGGCCAUGCGCGAGGAGCAGAACCGGACACCACUCAUGUUCCAGCGCAUGGAGCCCCCGUCCCCGACGCAGGAGGGGGGACCUGGCCAGAACGCCCUCCCCUCCACCCAGCUGGACCCUGGCAGAGGCCUGAUGGCUCACGACAGCGGCAUGAGGGAGAGCCCGUCCUGGGUGACCCAGCGGGCACAGGAGAUGUUCCAGAAGACUGGCGCCUGGAGCCCGGAGCGCGGGCCCCCCUCUGACCUGCCGCACAGCCAGCCCAACCCACAGGCGGUGGAGAUGCGAGAGAUGGGCGCCGAGGGCUACUCCGACAGCGAGCACUACCUCCCCAUGGAGGGCCAGGCCCGGGCCGCCUCCAUGCCCCGGCUCCCCGCCGAGAACCAGAGAAGGGGCCGGCCACGUGGGAGUAACCUCAGUACCAUCUCCGACACCAGCCCCAUGAAGCGCUCAGCCUCUGUGCUGGGGCCCAAGGUGCGACGCCUGGAUGACUACUCCCUGGAGCGGGUCCCGCCCGAGGACAACCAGAGGCACCACCAGCGCCGCCGUGACCGCGGCCACCGGGCCUCAGAGCGCUCCCUGGGCCGAUACACUGACGUAGACACAGGCUUGGGGACAGACCUGAGCAUGACCACCCAGUCUGGGGAACUGCCAUCUAAAGAGCGGGACCAGGACCGGGGCCGGCCCAAGGACAGGAAGCACCGGCAGCACCACCACCACCACCACCACCACCACCCGCCCCCCGACAAGGAGCGCUACGGCCCCGAGCGGGAGCGGCCGGACCACAGCCGCGCCCGCGCCCGCGACCAGCACUGGUCCCGCUCGCCCAGCGAGGGCCGGGAGCACAUGGCCCACCGGCAGGGCAGUAGUUCUGUAAGUGGAAGCCCAGCCCCCUCAACGUCUGGUACCAGCACUCCACGGCGGGGACGCCGCCAGCUCCCCCAGACCCCCCCCACCCCCCGGCCACACGUGUCCUACUCCCCUGUGAUCCGUAAGGCCGGCGCCUCGGGGCCCCCACAGCAGCCGCAGCAGGUAGUGGCCAGGCCAGGCCGGGCAGCCACCAGCGGCCCACGGAGGUACCCGGGCCCCGUGGCCGAGCCUCUGGCCAGGGAGCGGCCACCCACGGGCGGUCACGGCAGCAGCCGAUCACCUGGCAUGGAGCGGCGAGCCCCUGGUCCAGCCUGGAGCGAGUCCCCCAGAACCUGUCGCCACGGAGGGGCCCGGUGGCCAGCGUCCGGCCCGCACGUGUCCGAGGGUCCCCGGCACCACAGCUACUACCGGGGCUCUGACUAUGAUGAGGCCGAUGGCCCGGGCAGCGGCGGCCUCGGCGAGGAGGCCAUGGCCGGGCCCUAUGAUGUGCCACCCCCCACACGACACCCGUCCUCGGGCGCCGCCGGGCGAUCGCCCAGGACUCCCCGGGCCGCAGGCCCGGCCUGCACCUCGCCUUCCCGGCACGGCCGGAGACUCCCCAACGGCUAUUACGCGGUCCACGGACUGGCCAGGCCUGGAGGGCCCGGCUCCCGGAAAGGCCUGCACGAACCCUACAGCGAAAGUGACGACGAUUGGUGCUAAGUCCGGGCGAGGUGGCACCGUCCCCCGCCCGGCUCCCCCAUGCACCCCACGCACACACCCCACCAGGAGACCGUCCCCACCCAACACCCCGGGUGCAGGAGAGAACCCGCCAGCGACGGAGACCCGAGACUCUGGAGGGGCCGGGGGUUCCCAGAGCACCCCCCCAGGCCAGAACAGACCCUCCUGGGCAUUGGGUGUCCCCCGCCCCAGCCUCAACCUCCCCCCUGUGACGGGGGUCUGGGGCGGGCAACAGACAGACCGACUACACAGCCAAGGGAUUCGAAUUCACUCAGCUCUUUUUGGAUAACUUUGGGGAAAAUGGAAAAAUAUAUAUAUAUAAAACAAUAACAUUUUUAAAGAAAAACCGAGGAGAAAAAAAAAUAGCUUCUAUUGAUGAGUUUUAUCAUCUCAGUCGAAUCUUUCCUUUCCCUGGCGAGCGAGCAAGGAAGCUGGUGGCUGCCGUGGCAGAGGAGCCACGGGGAGGUGGAGGCGAAGGCAGUGAGCCCAGCACCCAGACCGGACACACCCCACACGCGUCUCAGACCAGGAGUGCUUGCUGGUGAUACGAACCCUACUAUUACUGCCUGCAGAAAUCAGUUUAAAAGAGAAAUCAUCAUAAUAAACAAUUUUAAAAAGGACAAAAAAAUUAAUGAUUGAGAAAAAAGAAGCAUUUUUUCUGACAUUUGAUCUUGCUUGAAAUAACAAAAGAAGAGAAAAAAAGAAAAAAAAAAAAGACCACCACCACCGAUUCCUUUGCUUCUCUUUUCCCUUUUUUUUUUUUCUUUUUUAUUUUUUUAUUUUAUUUUAUUUUUUCCUACCUUGUUUGAAAACCGUGGGCUUGGGACUGUGAAUUAUUGCAUGACAUUAAAAAAGAAAAAAAAAUAAUAAAAAAAAAGUUGAACCCAA